AAGCGCGGGGAGAUUUGCGAGUUUAAGCAAAUCAAGCGCAGACUCAAACCACACCAACCCUCUGAGACUAUGCACCAACCCCCAGAAUGGCCAAGUCAACGACCAAAAUCGCAUGACAAUAGCGUUAUUGGCUCUACUGAGCCAUCCAAUCGAUCACAACCGGUCGCCUUUUGCUUCAUA